AUGCGAAACAAAACUAUCACUGACCUGCGCGUCGGACAAGGCGUGUUCGGCUACCGCGACGAUGACUCCAACGCGCUCUUUGCCAGCUACCUUGCGAAAGAGGACUCAGCGGUGCGAAAAUUGACGCUCAAAUCGAAUCGCUAUUCCGACACGGACUUGCUAUUGAGAGAACUGAUCGAUGCGUUUUGCAAGAUGACUUCUUUGGAGGAACUGAAUGCGGACAUCGUUGUGAUGACUCCGGAAUUCGUGGGUGUGGUCAGCCUCUUCGCCGAAGUGGUCCUUCGGAGCGCCAGACUGCGGAGCCUGAGGUUACCUUCGACGUUCUGCGACUGCUGUGGCUCAUUCAGCUACUUUGGUGUCUACACUCCAGAUCCCAAAGCCGCGCAAUGCAUGAAGCCCUGGCUUGCAGCCCUGCGAAGACCAAACUUGCCGCUCAGCAAGCUGUGCAUUGACUUGCGGUGCUUCGGCGAAGCUGAGUGCCACGCCUUCUUCAACGCAGUUGCGGAAACAGACGCUCUGAAGUCGGUGGUCGUUCUCUCCUUGCCCGGAAUCGACCGGCCGGACAGAGUGUGCUCCACCAUCCAGGAGCGAGGACUGAACGACCGAGUGGUCAUCCAGUGGCAUUACGCGCGCGAAACGAAACGGCUGCAGCAGUGCCCGCAAAUCAGCAGCGUAACCGUCAGAGUGAGGCAUUUGAUGCACAAUGACAUUUCUGCUUUUCAGACAGUUAUCUCAGCUCUAGAAGCGGUGGGUGGCUGCGCUCACAUAACGUCGCUCCGGCUUAACUGCGAUUAUUUCAAUCGCAGUGUGUUCUCCGCCUUGGCGGCAUGUAUAAGAGCUGCGUCCAGGCUUACUGAUCUAAACAUAAACUUCGGUCCCGUUUUUGCCCGUCUGAGAAAAGAGGAUCGCGAGGUGCAGUCGGAACUAGUGAGAGCGCUGGCCUCCAAUCUCAACCUAGUCAGAGUCAACGUCAAGGGAGUACUGCUGGCCAAGGGCGACUUCAAGCGGCUCGCGUAUGGUGCCAGCAAGAGCCUAAACCUCACAGAAUUCGCCAUGACUCCCGCCUGUAUCUUCAGCGCCAGGCAUGGUAAAGCGCAUGGAGCAUUGAAGUGCUGUUGGGUCCACAGGGCCAAUGCCUGGACGGGAGAAUCCAUCGAGAACAUCGCUCUGGCCGACAUCUUGGAAACGACCAGACGGAAUGCCUCUGCCGUCUUGGCCGCAGCUCAGUUUGUGUUUGGCGAGGAAGAUGGCGUCGAAGGCGCUCGUUCUAUCGAGCUGAUGCACGACCAUCCUCGUCUGCUCGAAAUGGUGAGCGAAGGCGCUGACGUCACCAAGGGCGACGCCAGGGAGAUGAUCAGCAGCGCCCUGCUUCGUGUUCGCCACUUGAGCCUCGACGAGUUUAUGAGAAUGACCGGCGUCGUCAAGGAGACAGCGGAAUGCCUUGCAGAUCCUGGUGCCAGGCGUCAGCUCUGUGACCUGAACCACGAUUGCUGGCUGCACAUCCGCCGCUUCCUGAAGAUAGCGGACGUUCUGCAGCCUCGAGCCGAUCUAUGUGAAAAUGGCUGGAAGUCACCGUCUGCAGAGCAGACCUUUCAAGUACAGGAAUAGAAGACAGGGCAUGUCCCUAUGACGUCGACG